CGAACUACUGUUAUAGCUGCUAUACCUGGCUGCGGUCAUCAUUAGAUGAACAAUAAAUAAUAAUAUUAGCGAUCGGCUCACUCGUUCGGAUAGUAAUCGUAUUCACAACAUACGUCCACAAUACGUGUACUCCCAUCGGUUAUACAAAUAUAUUAUCAGUUGGUUCGCUGGUUUUAGCCGUCGUCCACAGUCAUACAACAACAUUACAUUGCCGUAUUUCUGUUAAAUAUGGGACCGAAACCCGAGGACAUUUUGAGUGGAUUCCAAGUAAAUUGGAUGAAUUUAAGAGACGCUGAUACAGGAGUUGUGUUGUGGCAAGGCAAUGAGGAUCUUUCAUUACCUGAUAAAGAACAUGAAGCUAGAGUGCCAAAAAAAAUAUUGAAAUGCAGAGCUGUAUCCAGGGAAAUUAACUUUUCGUCUGUAGAACCCAUGGAAAAACUUAGGUUACAGCAAAAAGUAUUAUUUAAAGGUCGCUGUCUGGAAGAAUGGUAUUUUGAAUUUGGAUUUGUUAUCCCUAACUCGACAAACACUUGGCAAUCACUUAUUGAAGCUGCACCAGAAUCUCAAAUGAUGCCUGCUAAUGUUUUAAAUGGUAAUAUUGUGAUAGAAACAAAUUUCUAUGAUGAUGAUCUACUUAUUUCGUCAUCCAAAGUCCGGUUGUACUAUGUAUAAAUACUAACACAUUUGACUUAAUACACUACUCAAAUGUAGAUAGUUUUUGCUUGCUAUACAUAACUGUGAACACAGAACACAAGUUCUCCAGCUGUGAUUAUUUAGUUUUUUAAUUUAAUUUUAUAUGUAAUUUGUUUUUUUAAAUUGUUACAAGUGUGAAACUUGUCAAUACGCUUUAAACAUUCUAAAUUUAAAAAAUUAUGGCCAUUGGGUGGCUACACUUGCAUUUAAUUGUUUAUCUUUAAUUAUACAAUGUACACACUAAUAUUGUUAAAUAUUGAACUCACUUAUUAUACAAAUUAUUAUAUAAUAAAUCAACUGUUGAUUUAUUAAAUUAUAUCACACAUGAUUAGAAUAUUCCUUUAAUUCUAUAUUAAAUUUUUA